AGGUCGUUUAAUAUGAAUAAUAAUAAUCAUAGAGUGAACAUUUCUCACAUUGUCCAUGGUCAAUCAAAAGAUAAGUUUGACAUUCUCUUUGAACGGCUGACAUAUAUAAAAAGGUUUACAUUUAGCUUCCAGUGUCAUUGUUACAGUUACACCAGUGAAAUCAACAUGUCCAAGAUCAACCUUCUAUUUGCGUUUAUUCUGUGUUGUACCAUUGUUGGUAUACAAUGUGUUCCAAUUGCCGAUACAUCUAGUGCUGUUCAAGGUUUCGCUUUCGAAAUGAUCAUGACCAAACUGCAAUUUCUAGAAGAUCGUUUUACUGCGGUAGAAGAACAAGUGGUAAAAAAGAUAAGUGAUUUAUGCAGUAGAAAGGAAAACAUCAUGCUACACAAGAACGAUUCAAACAAAGUGCGUGAUAAUGUGUACACAUCCUGCAGCGAGGUUCCCUCUUCCGGAAUAUAUUCCAUUCAACCGGAUAACACCUUCAACGAACCGAUGAGGGUGCUUUGUGAUCAAGAUUACGAAUCCGGAGGGUGGAUUGUAUUUCAACAUCGCUUUAACGGAUCGACGGAUUUCAAUCGGAAUUGGGAAGAGUACAAGAAUGGUUUUGGAAAUCUGGAAGGAGAGUUCUGGUUGGGUUUGGAUCGUAUUCAUCAGUUGACAGCUUCACGUCCACAUGAGCUGGUAGUGCUGUUAGAACAAAAGCUAGGCACAAAGUUGAUCGCCAAAUAUGAUCAGUUCGAGAUCGGAGACGAAAACGAAAAGUAUGUACUGAAGAAGCUAGGUAAAUUCUCGGGAAAGGCUCUCAGUACUUUCGCUCAUCAUCAGGGCAUGGAAUUUUCAACAUUUGAUUCAGAUAGAGGGCGAAAUUGUGCUGUCGACAUUGGAGGUUGGUGGUAUCAGACUUGUCGUGACAGCAAUCUCAACGGAAAAUAUCUUAACGGAAAAUUUAAAGGGAUGGUAUGGAUCGACUUUCGAGAAUACCGUUUUGUCCAACAUCCAGUAUACCAUUAUUACCAAGUUUCAAAAAUGAUGAUAAGACCAGAGAUGACGUAGUUCGUUGCAAACCAUUCAGUAGAAUGCCAAUAAAACCGAAAUUUAAUAAACUAUUAAAAACAAUUCAAACAAGGUUUGAUGAUUUAAAUUUAUGUUUAAAUUGAUAUUUAAGAAAUAUAAAUUUUUAAUGCAUUUAAA